AGCUGAUCAGUUCUGUUCCUGUCGGCCGAUACACAGUAGUGAAAAAUGUCAGGAAAAGACAAAUUACCCAUUUUCCCUUCUCGGGGGGCGCAGAUGUUGAUGAAAUCCCGUUUACAAGGGGCACAGAAAGGACAUGGAUUACUUAAGAAGAAGGCGGACGCGUUGCAAAUGCGCUUCAGAAUGAUCUUGGGAAAAAUCAUAGAAACUAAAACCCUUAUGGGUGAAGUGAUGAAAGAGGCAGCGUUCUCGUUAGCGGAAGCAAAAUUUGCUACAGGUGAUUUCAAUCAGGUGGUUUUGCAGAACGUGACAAAAGCACAGAUCAAGAUACGUUCCAAGAAAGACAACGUCGCCGGUGUGAAUCUGCCUAUAUUCGAGUCUUAUCAAGACGGAACCGAUACUUACGAGUUAGCGGGUUUGGCCAGAGGCGGUCAACAAUUAGCCAAGCUGAAAAAAAAUUAUCAGCGAGCCGUGAAGUUGUUGGUGGAACUUGCGUCGCUGCAAACGAGUUUCGUCACUCUGGACGAAGUCAUCAAGAUCACAAAUCGACGUGUCAAUGCGAUCGAGCACGUAAUCAUUCCUCGAAUAGAGAGAACUCUGGCUUACAUUAUUUCGGAGCUCGACGAACUCGAGAGAGAAGAGUUCUAUCGGCUGAAGAAGAUUCAGGAUAAGAAGAAGAUUGCCAAAGCAAAGGUCGAAGCAGAGAGAGCAGAAUUAAUUGCCGCUGGUCUCAACCUGGAUUCUGCAAAUUUACUCGAAGAGGAUGACGAUGACGUGUUGUUCUAAAUAUUGUAAAUAAUAAAUAUAUUAAUAGUUAAGAGAAAAUAUUGAUAAUGUAUGAAGAGUCUCUUCCUGUUUAUCAUAACUUCACGUUAUUGUUAAAAGAGGUCGGUCUUACCUGUACAUUUUAGACAAUAUUAUAAACCAUCUUGUUUAAGUAUUAUCUUUUUUUUUGCUGCUUAGAGAAAGUCGCUAUUAUCGUGUGUCUUUAUUUAAUCUUUUACAAAUAUAUAUUGUACAGAACAAUUUUUAUGGACGUACAUUUAAGUGUGAUUGUGCACAAAACAUUGACACAAAAAUGAACGAUCAGUAAGUAUAUCGUGCGUGUCUCAAUACAUUCAAAUAACAAAUUCUGUAAGAAGUACGUCGCCUAUUUUAUCUCUCUAUGUAGCAAAAAAAAAACUUAACGUAUUACAAUGUGUACGAUCAUCGUUUAUAUUAUUAUCUUCGGUUUUUGUGAAACGAGGAAUUAUAUUAGAUAACCGUUACAAAACCAAUAAAUAUAUAUGUAAUAUAUCUAUAUA